CUUUAAUUCUAAAAUAUUUAAAAAACAACAAUCGUACAGUGCACAUCUCCCAUGUGAUUUUAAAGUUAAAAAAUCAGGCUCUGUACCUUUCUUUUUCUCUUUCAUAUUUGUGUAUUUUUUAAUUCUUUUCUCUUUCAUUCCUUUUCUUUCCUUCUCUUCUAUUCUUUCUUUGCUCUCAGAAGUUAGGGAUUGUCUUUUGAAUGGUUUUCGGUGGGUGAAGAUAGAGAAAUUCAUCUUCAAUUAGAGUUCAAAUCUGAUCUUUUGUUUUGGAGAUUAUGGAGAGGGAUUUCAUGGGAUUGGGUUCAAAAAAUGCUCCGAUUACAAUCAAAGAAGAGGCCUGUGAUGAGCCUAAGGGUUCAGUAAUGUCAAGAGGUUCAGGGAUGCAGUUGUCUUUCUCAAACAAGGUAUCUGCCGUUCCUCAGUUCCUGUCUUUCAAGGCUGCUCAAGAAGUUAGGCUGAGGAAGAUCGCUCAUGAUCCUCUAGUCUCAUCUGGAUUUAUGGCAAUAUCAACUGCUGAUUCUAACCAGAAACCAUAUUCUGGCUUGACCCAGAAACAAGGGGGAAUCUACUACACAGAGGCAACAUAUGGUCUACAACAAUUUGAUGGGCACCAACCCCACCAUUCCCAGGAAGUGAGGAUAUUUCCAGUCUCCAGCCACCCAAAUGAAACAAUUACAGUUUCUAUGAGCACUCCCAUUCUCCAGUCCCAUCUUGCCUCCACCAGACAGAAUAUAAUUAGUAAUACAGUAAACCCACAACCAUUUGCAGGAGUCCCAAUCAUGGCUCCCCCUGUAUCUGUUGUUCCUCCAUCAAGUUCUGUUAUUGGUACCACUGAUCUUAGGAAUGCUUCCAAAUCUUCUGGAGCACCAUCUCAGUUGACUAUUUUUUAUGCUGGUUCUGUGUGCGUGUAUGAUGAUGUGUCUCCUGAGAAGGCCCAGGCUAUUAUGUUAUUGGCUGGAAAUGGUUCUUCUGCAGUUCAUAGUAAAACGGUUCCUGUGACUCAACCCCAGACAUCUAUCCCACGACCUUGUUCUGCUGAUGCUCUUGCUGGAAACAAUGGUUGUACCGUGGCACCAUUUUCAGGCCUUCCAAGUCAUCUUUCUGUAAGCUCCCAUGUCGUUUUACAGCCAGGUGGAGGAUCUAGUGGCACUAAUGAAGUAACAGCCACCACACAAAUAGGAGCUUCAGCAUCUACUAGUAACCAACCAGAGCCUCCCAAAUUGGCUAGCUCAGCAGGAUCUGCUUGGACAACUCUAAUUCCAGCAGUAGCUGUGCCUCAGGCUCGUAAAGCAUCCUUGACUCGAUUUUUAGAGAAGCGUAAAGAAAGGGUAACGAACAUUUCGCCAUACAGUAUCAGCAAGAAAUCUCCUGAUUCUGGUCCUCUUGCAUCUGAUGGUAUAAGUUUUUCUGUGACUUCCUCUUGAUCCAAUCCUCUACAAGCCAUGAAUUAGGUGUCGGGGCGUUUGGAAUGAGCAACUGCUAUAGAUAAUGUAAGAGGUCUUUGUCGACAUUUGUUUUUGUUCGUAAUUAUGUAAACUCGAUACUUUUGAUGUCAAAUUUUAGGUUCAGUGUAUUAGAUAUAUACGUGUGUGUGUGUGUGUAUAUGUUUUCAGUUUUCUUUUUCGCAAGUCCUUUCAUUUGGAUGUGUCUUCUCUUCCGAUAACAUUUGGAAUACCUUAGGAACAUCUAUUCCAAAAGCAUAAUUUUGUAUUGAUCUGUGCUAAUAAGUCGUCGCAUUUGACAUUCAAAUGAGAUGAGUUUUUGCUAGUACUUUUGUUUUUGGACAAGUUUUUACUAAUACGAGUGCUCAUUCUUGCGUUUCUUUGUGCAAGAGGUUGCAUAAUGUCAGUGGUAGAGGUGGUAGUGUCGGGUCGAUAUAGUUGAUUUAAAAUUUAGCUUAAAAUUUUGCUCGUGAAUGUUAAGAGUAUGGUUCAACAUAGAUUCAUAAUCAUGCCAAAUCGGCACGUUCGUUAAGACAAAAUAUGGGCCAACAUGACAUAUGGUCUGUAACCUUUAUGGGUUGUCAUGCCUAGCAUGGUAUAAUUUAUCAUAACGAAUUCAGUCAA